GAUACGAUACCAGAGUCUGAGAGAGCUAAAACGGUCAAGAAAUUGAACUUUGAAAGACUGCCAAAUGAAAGAGCACUUGGUGUUCACUGGAAGGUAGAAUUAGAUCGUUUGGGACUAGAGAUCGAAGUGAAAGAAAAGCCUCUAACAAGACGCAGGAUACUAUCAGUAAUGAGUUCGGUCUACGACCCACUAGGUAUUGUCUCUCCAGUUAUGUUACCCGUAAAGGUACUGUUGCAAGAUCUAUGUAAACAAGAUAUUGGGUGGGACGAUCCAAUCCCAGUAGAARAGAUGAUAAAAUGGAAGAAAUGGCUGGUCGAACUACCUCAACUUUCCAAUGUAUCUAUACCACGUUGCCUAGAACCACCGGAUCUGGGUGAAAUCUUGUCAAGAAAGUUACAUCAUUUUGGCGACGCUUCCCAAACGGGUUAUGGAGCAGUCUCGUAUUUGAGGUCAGAGAACGCCAACGGAGAAAUACACGUUUCUUUCUUGRUUGGCAAGUCCCGGCUAGCACCAGUGAAAACAACUACGAUACCUCGAUUGGAGCUGUCUGCAGCUGUCCUUGCAGUAAAGUCCGAUUGCAUGCUGRGGGUGGAAUUAGACUUACAAGUUCAAGACUCUUUCUUUUGGACGGAUUCUACCACAGUACUACGUUACAUUUCUAACGAGAAGAAAAGAUUCACGACGUUUGUAGCCAACAGAAUUGCAGUUAUCCGUGAAGUCUCGAGUACUCAACAGUGGAAGUACGUGGAUUCAAAGAGUAAUCCAGCUGACGAUGCCUCAAGAGGCUUAAGCGCAGACGAAAUGAAGAAUGACGUUAGAUGGCUAAACGGACCGGAAUUCCUGUGGCAGAAGAGAGAUCUAUGGCCUAUGUUACCCUUUAACUUAACCCAGAUUGCCGACGAUGACCCAGAGAUAAAACGAGAGAAGCAAGUGAAUUUGGUCCAAGUAACACAAGAAGAUAUUUUAAAUACCAUGUUUAAGGGUUUUUCUUCGUGGCAGCGGCUACGCAUCGCUAUUGCUUGGUUGAUGAGAUACAAAUGUUUUCUAGUGAACGCUUAUCGUUUAAGUCAUGGACACAAAAACACCAGAGAAUUAAGCUAUGAUAAGAUCAACGUAUCAGAGCUGAAAGCAGCCGAACGCGAGAUUGUCAAGCACGUACAACGUCAAUCCUUUCAGCGAGAGUUGGCUGUUCUUAAAUUGCGUGGAUGUAGCGAAGGUAAUGCAGUAAAGAACGAACUCCAUUCCAAAAGGAAAGUGGUUGAAAGAUCUAGUCCUAUAUACAAGUUAGACCCACAACUACGAGAUGAUAUGUUAUGCGUUGGAGGACGUCUGAGUAAUGCUCCCAUUUCAGAAAGAGCCAAACACCCACCAAUCCU